AUGUUUUUUGAAGAUUCAAGAUGUGUCUUCGACCUCCACAACAUCAAAGUUGAUCACAACUCAUUCAAGCCAUUCUCUCCUCAAGUUUCACUACAUCAAGUGGUAUUAGAGCAAGGUUAGCAUUCUAGAUUUAGAUUUACAAGAUGUCAUGAGGUAAAGGGAUUCACAUCAAUGACAAUGAAUGUUCUAAGGUAUGUCCUAUUUCAAAAUCAGAAUUUGCUAAUUUCAAGAUUCAUAUGGAAUAAAAAUUUGAAAAUUUGAAUGACACGUUGAAGCAAAUCAUAGCAUGAAUGUCUAUAAUAGAAUGUUAAUCUCAUGGUCAAACUGGUAAAAAAUAAAGUGAUUUCUAUCUCUCAUAGAAAAAACUUAUCAAAUGAUAUAAGAAGCUCAAAAGGUAGAUCUGAUCAUGAUGAUUGUAGAGAUUUUCGAAUGAAAAUUGAUUUGCCUAGUUUUAAUGGACAUUUAAAAAUAGAAAAAUUUCUUGAUUGGAUUUCUAAAGUUGAGAGAUUUUUUUAAUAUAUCAAGAUUUCUAAUGAGAAAUAGGUGAAAUUAGUUGCCUAUAAACUCAAAGGUGGAGCCUCUACUUGGUGGGAUCAGCUACAAUCCACUUGUGCAAGAUUAAAAAAGAUUAUGUUCGAAGUUGGGAUAAGAUGAAAAAAUUAUUAAAAGCUAGAUUUCUUCCUCUUGAUUAUGAACAGAUUUUAUAUCAUCAAUAUCAAAGUUAUAAAUAGAGAAGUAGAUCUAUCACAGAAUAUGUUGAGGAAUUUUACAGACUUUCUUCAAGAGUCAAUUUGACUGCAUCUGAAGCUUAUAUGAUCUCUAGAUUUAAAAGUAGACUUCAAUGGGAUAUUGAAGAAAAAGUUACUUUACAAUCAUUUUUUAAGUUAAAUGAUGUUGUUAUACAUUAGAACAUGUUGAAGCUUUAUUGGAGAAAGGAAAAUCUAGAACUCGAAAUUUUACUAAUAUGUCAAUAUUUCAGUCAAAUAGGUCAAGACCAGCACAUAUUUCAUCUGUUACCAAUAAUGGAAGAUCAGCAACCUCAACUACACUAAGACCAAGUGGAUCUAUUACUAGUGACAAAAUUCUUCUCAAAGGAAUCCAUAUGUACCUAAUUCUAUUCUAAAAUAUUACAGAUGUAAUAAAGAAGGUCACAAAUCAAAUGUUUGUCCAAAAUGUGGUGCUGUGAAUUUCAUAGAAGCCAUAGAUGAAGAGGAAAUUGAGGGUGUAGAAGAUCAAGAAGAAAUUCAAGAGAAUGUUAUUGAAAGUAAAGAAGAAGAAGACUUUGGUCACUCUCUAGUUGUUUGGAGACUGAUGUAUGCACCAAAGAAGGAAGAACCUCCCCAAUGUCAUAAUGUCUUCAGAACAAAAUGCACUAUUGAUGGGAAGGUAUGUGAUGUGAUUAUUGAUUUUGACAAUAGUGAAAAUAUUAUUUCUUCUUUGAUGGUAUAG